GCCGAAAAACCUGGACGGAUCUCGGGCUGGAUCCGCAGCUCUCAAAGGCUCGCACUCUCAUCUCCACCACAAACAUGUACAAGACUCUGUUUGUCGUCCUUGUUGCGCUUGCGCUUGCGGCUUCGGCCUCUGCUGCCCCCACCGUCGUCUCCGACCUCGGAAACCCCACCACGUGCGAGCUCUGCGUCGAGUUUCUCUCGCAGGCCGAGAACGAGCUGCUCCAGGCUAUCCUCCAGCUCGGCAUUGUCGACUCGUGCGGUGACCUCUGCGGCCUCCUCCCGUCCCGCCUCGAGGGCACCGUCUGCGACCUCCUCUGCGACUACAUCGGCGUGACCGAGUUUGUCAAGAUCAUCCAGGAGCACUCGCCGGACCCCAUCUACGCCUGCCAGCUCCUCAAGCAGUGUUCGAUCAACGACAACGCCAAGGCGAACAUGAUCGACUUUGUUGUCGCGCCCAAGGUCGGCCAGCAGGGCACGACCUUUACCUUUGGAGCCACGUUCAACGUGACCAACGGCCCGACCGGUGCUGGCGAGCUCGCGCUCGGCGUGCAGCCGCCGCAGGGCAUGCCUUUUGGUGACGGUGCGGUCAACGACGGCAUCCCCAACGGUGAGCACACCGUGACGUUCUCGCUCAAGGCCCAGCCCAACGAGCAGGAGCCGUUCUCGGCCGGCACGUACGAGGUCGAGUUUGCCGUGUGCAACGGCAUUUGCGGCGCGACCAAGCCGCACUCGGCUGUCCUCGCCGUCGGCAAGGGCUCGUUCCGCAUUGAGCAGUAA